AUGGACAUCGUGACAGCUUUUAUGAAUGCAGAUCUGGAUGACUCUGAGGUAAUCCUGCUCCGUCCUCCACCCAUCGUGAAAAAGAUCAUGAAGAUGGAUGAUGAUGAACUUUGGGUUGUGAGAAAGGCUGUGUACGGUCUACGAGCAGCUCCCAAGGCCUGGGAGAAAACCAGAGAUGCGAAGUUGGACAAUGCUAUCUUGAAGGCUGGCAAGGGCGAUGCAUUGGGCGACCUGAAACUUCUUCCAUGGGACAUCAGCGCAGGAUUGUGGAAAAUUGUCCAGGCUGACAACCACAACAAGAUCCUGGGCGUCCUUGCGAUGUAUGUCGACGAUGGACUACUCGCCGGGGAAAGGGAGAUCAUGAAGAGGGUUGCGAGCCUAAUAAAAGGCAUUUGGGACACGAAACUUCAAGCUAUCCUUGUCAACGAGAAAAUUGGCCUCAAGGCUGGCCAAACGAUUCGGAUUGCAGAUGUCAAUGUUCCAGUGGUACAGGAAGCCACAUUUUUAGGCAUCCAAAUUCGCCGGCUACAAGACGGAGCACUGUUCCUUACCCAGGAGGCAUGGGUGGGCGCAGAGCUGAAAUCUCGGGGGUGGCAUACCCUACAUGGCUCGAAAAGCCUACCUACCUUGCACGAGGGACAAAUGGAGAUGCAGAUCAAGGAUACCCAGCAUGCGAAACAACUUCAUGAGGCACAGAGUCAGGUUGGAGCACUUUUAUGGCUCAGCUUGCGUACAAGGCCUGAUUUGGCUGCGUGUGUGGGAGCCACUGCGAGCUUGAUGUCCCACAACCCGGAGGAAGCAUUGCGUGUAACCAAAGGCAUUUGGCGACAUGUUAAAUACACUCAGUAUUGGGGCAUUAGAUAUGCUGUCGGAAGCUGUGAUGAGGUCACGACUUGCAGUGAUGCUUCCUGGGCACCCGGUGGGAGCAAGUCUCGUACAGGGAUAACAGUGCAUUGGGGGGGUCACUUGAUCGCAUGGCGCAGCCAGCGUCAGACGCUUACAGCGUUUUCGCCAGCGGAGGCAGAACUUGACGCUCUUGGAAGUGCUUUGCAGAUGGGAUGCAAGACACAGAGUAUCAUCCAAAGCAUUGCGGGGAAACACUUUGAACAUAAGCUUCGAGGAAACAACGUUGCCUCAAUCUUGCAGCUAACUGAUCCAGGGUACCACACUGAAGACCAAAGAACGCGGCACUAUGCCCUUCGGUGUGCAUAUGUUCGAGAUCAUCUUGAAGCCUCCAAGACCAAGCUAGAACACUGCUCUGGAAAGGAGUUACCUGCAGAUGGCCUGACGAAAGCGCUGGCUUGCACCGCUUUACGCAAGGCUCGAGAGUUGUUGGGAAUGUAUGAGGCGAAGAAAUCGAACGCCAAUUCUUGA